AUGAAAGUCCCCACUGGCCCAAUCUUUGCGCUCUGUAGCCUGCUGCUGUUGCUGUUGGUGCUACAGGUCCCUGGUAGCCAUGGCCUCGUCUCUCAGCCCAGAGGGCACCUCUGCCGGACACGCCCCACGGACCUGGUAUUUGUCGUUGAUAGUUCCCGCAGCGUGAGACCCGUGGAGUUUGAGAAGGUGAAGGUGUUCCUGUCUCAGGUCAUCGAGUCGCUGGAUGUGGGGCCCAACGCCACCCGAGUUGGCUUGAUCAACUAUGCUAGCACCGUCAAGCCUGAGUUCCCACUUCGGGCCCACGGCUCCAAGGCCUCGCUGCUGCAAGCUGUGCGCCGCAUCCAGCCGCUGUCCACGGGCACCAUGACUGGCCUGGCCCUGCAAUACGCCAUCACCAAGGCCUUGAGUGAUGCUGAGGGGGGGCGUACCAAAUCCCCUGACAUCAGCAAGGUUGUCAUCGUGGUGACUGAUGGGAGACCCCAGGACAGCGUGCGGGACGUGUCUGCGCGCGCGCGGGCCAGCGGCAUCGAGCUGUUCGCUAUCGGCGUGGGCCGCGUGGACAAAGCCACGCUGCGACAGAUCGCCAGCGAGCCGCAAGAAGAGCACGUGGAUUACGUGGAGAGCUACAAUGUCAUCGAGAAGCUGUCUAAGAAGUUCCAGGAGGCCCUAUGUGUGGUGUCAGACUUGUGUGCCACAGGGGACCAUGACUGUGAGCAGGUGUGCGUCAGUUCUCCAGGCUCCUACACCUGUGCCUGCCACGAGGGCUUCACCCUGAACAGUGACGGCAAGACCUGCAAUGUUUGCAGUGGCGGUGGGAGUGGCUCAGCCACCGACCUGGUCUUCCUCAUUGAUGGAUCCAAGAGCGUGCGGCCUGAGAACUUUGAGCUGGUGAAGAAGUUCAUCAACCAGAUUGUGGACACUCUGGAUGUGUCAGACAGGCUGGCCCAGGUGGGGCUGGUGCAGUACUCAAGCUCAAUACGCCAGGAGUUCCCGCUUGGCCGCUUCCACACCAAGAAGGACAUCAAGGCGGCUGUGAGGAACAUGUCCUACAUGGAGAAGGGCACCAUGACUGGCGCUGCCCUUAAGUAUCUCAUAGAUAAUUCCUUCACCGUGUCCAGCGGGGCAAGGCCUGGCGCCCAGAAGGUGGGCAUUGUCUUCACUGACGGCAGGAGCCAGGACUAUAUUAAUGAUGCUGCCAGGAAGGCCAAGGACCUCGGCUUUAAGAUGUUUGCGGUGGGCGUGGGCAACGCUGUGGAGGAGGAGCUGAGGGAGAUUGCCUCUGAGCCGGUGGCCGACCACUACUUCUACACAGCCGACUUCAAGACCAUCAACCAGAUCGGCAAGAAGUUGCAGAAGAAAAUCUGUGUGGAGGAAGACCCAUGUGCUUGUGAGUCCAUAGUGAGAUUUGAGGCCAAGGUGGAGGAUCUUCUGCAGGCCCUAACCAGGAAGCUGGAAGCUCUGAGCAAGCGGCUGGCUGUCCUGGAGAACAGAAUCGUCUGA